GCGAGUAUCAAGGCCUCGCCAGCCACAGGCUGGAGGCUCCGGAUUGACCGAACUUACCUUUAACAUACUCGAUGAUGAAUAAGGUACGCAGGUCAACACAUCUUUUUUUGAUGUCUUUCUCGACAUCUCAAAUCUUUUGGUGUCUGUCUGCUUUGUAUGGGUGGUCGUUUUCGUUUACUGAAACUCCUGCGUGAACAGUGGAUCUGUCGGCUUUCCAAGGGCAGUCUGAGUUGGGAAACUCCACACUGGAAUUCCCUUCAGCGAAGGCAUGCACCUCGGCACAUUCAACCUGUGCUGUGUGCUCCUUCACCCUUUUAUUUCGUUAUUUAACGUAGCGUUGAACGCCGUUCUUAAAGUAUUCGCGCGUCUUUCGUUCUGUUCUGAACUACGUGGUGCACGUCGCCGCUAAACCCUAAGUCUUCCUCUGAGCUGGACCAAGUUGAAGGGAAGUGGAACGCUAUUGCAAGGGACACUGUGGGACAGAGGCACUCUCGUGAAUGGAGUAACGAAAUCCGGACAUCGCCGUCUCUCCGGGGAGGGCUGCAGUCAACCCACAAACCGAGGACAUCUGGCAAAGAUGCGUUACAAGAAAGGUAGACAUGAGACGUAGAAUUAGGCGAAGAGCCGAGAAGAGCGAAGGCGACAGAUUCCGCCUGAAGGCGGGAAUUCUCGCUGGACUUCUCGUGCUGAAACCUGUCUGGGGAAGAAGUGCUCAAUGGAAGGAAGACAAAUGCCGUCACGAGCAAAGACCCCAAUGUCGCAAGUUUCCGAUGCAGACACUUAGGCGGUGCGACAGAGCGAGACCGACGUCCGACCAAAGCGGGUAUCGUGAUGGCCGGUGGAGGAGAGCCUCUCGAUGGAAGGUCAGGGAAGCGCGUUCGCCUUUUGCAGCGACUUCGUCCUUGUCUUCUCCACGUGGCUCUCCUCAGUCUGAUCUGUUCUCUUCACCGCCGUUGUUUCCAACGUCGACAGCUGCAGUGUCAUCUUCCUCGCCUCCUCUGUCACAGCCUACUGUCUUUGCCUUUCCCCAUCCUGAUCGUCUGUAUUCACCAAGUUUUUCUUGCUCGCAUUUGUCUUCUCAGUCUGUCUCACAUUCGCCUCUCGCUUCUGCAGCUCUGUCGCCCUUUUCUCGCUGUUCAUUUCCCACAUUUUGUUCGUCUCCUGUGGAGGAGUGCACUUCCCCACCUUGUUGUUCCCCUCCUUCACCCUGGACACCGUUUUCGUGUUUCUUCCCCGCGGCGUCAGCCCUCGUGCAUGCACGUCGUUGGAAUCUUGGAAAAGAAGAGAACAGACUUUCACAUCCCGCCUCGAAACAACGACGAUUUAUUCGUCUGCGUUCUAGUCUUCGCUGUCUACACUGGCCUAUUCUUUUUCUUUCCGUCCUCCUCGUCUGCACUUGCCUGUCCCCUUCCCUGAUGACCAGUAACCUUCCCUAUCAAAAGCAUGCGCCCUCUUUCUUUGUUGUCAUCUUUUCCCACGCAGUCUCCCACAGUCAUGGCGGAAUCAGCCUUGCCUAUGUCUCGGCUGAUAUGGGUGACAAGGGUGUCUUAAAAACUCUACCUCAAGACUGGGAACCUGCCGAAUCCAGCGAGCUGAGGCUUUCACCUUCUCGCCGACCUUCCCCUUUUCGUCACAGUGUCACAUCACGUUCUUCUUCUAGCCAAAAGUCUGGCAGGAGCGACACCUCUCGACAGAGAGCCGCUCUGCCUGUCCCCUCGGUUCCCUUCUUGUUUUCUCAGUAUGGAAUGGCCUCACGGGUCGUUUCUCCACUCCGUUUGGAAACGCAGGCAACAAAACCCUCUGCCUCAUCUCCAGACUCCCAGGAAAAGAAUUUGGGGGGGAAAAGUCCUUCAGAGCACGACUUCGUAGCCGCAGUUUCUCCCCAUACUGAGAUUCGACCGGCUGACAGUCGCAGUGCUUCCUCGUCGGGAGGAGCUCUACUUUCCAUGAAAGACCGUCACCGGCAAGAACGGCAGCAAGGUAGGGGCGGAUCGAGCCCCCCAAGGACCGCGCCAUCCCCCAAGGGAGCAGCGCCAGCCUCAGAGGGUUCUUUUCCUUCUUUCACAGAAAGAAGAAGCAGCUUGGGAGAAGUAGAGAAACGUGAGCUUCUGAAGCUUUCUGCUGACGAUUCAGCGUUUGAGAAGAAGACAUUAAAGCUUCGCAAAGGCAUUGUGAGACCGUGGCCAGUUGCGGAUCCUAGCUUUUCCGGUUCUCUCUCAACUCGCGUUUUUUCGCCUUCGCGUAAACACGGCCCUUUGCUCCACGGCAGCAGUGAACUCGCGGAGGAAAACUCUACCGCGGAAGAAGACAGAAGCACGUGGAUACCAAUCGCUUCUUCGCAGGGAGACGGCGAGAGUGAAGAUGGACCUGAGCCGCAACCAGAGGGUGUAGAAGAGAUGCCUGGGUCGUCGGGAGGAAGCCGCCGUGAAGGCGAAGUGACAGGCAGAGGUGAACGGUGGAGUGGUAGACCUGAAGGGGCGAACAACACAGGAGAGUUGAUGCACCGCCAGAAAGCAGAGAAAGGUCGCCUGAGAAGGCGAAACAUAUUAAGAGACACCAUGGCGGAAAACGAGGUGAUGGCGGGGGCAAACAUGCUGGGGGAAAUCGAUGGCGGAGUGGAAGAAGCCCUGUGGACGGGGGCUUACCCUGGAUCUUUUUUGGGAAUCAGGAGCUCGGACGACGACGGAGACGACGGCGACGAUGACGGUGAUGAAGAAGAGGAGGAAGAAGAAGAGUCGAAGCACAAGCACCACCCCAAACACCACAAGCACAAACACGACAGCGAGGAGGAAGAAACAGAGGAAGACGAGGAAAAAGAACACAGGACACACAAGGCGUCGGAGAGCGGUCACAGUCACAGGGAUCAAAGGUACGCGCACACGGGAGCCUCGGUAGCUCAUAUCUUGCAGGGGAAUGAGGAUGAUGGGAUGCGAGAAAUAGAGGAAGAGAAACGAGAAUACGAUGAGGAGAGAAUGGAGGAGAAUCGCGAGAGAGAUGAAGAGAGGAGAGAAGACAGACGAGAAAGAGACGCAGAGAGACGGGAAGACAAAGAAGAAACAGAUGAGGAGAUCAGCGAGGAACAAGAGGAGAGAGGAGCAAGAAAGGGCAGACGCUCAGAGACGCAUGCAUCGCACUCAGCCUCGUCAUUCAGCACAGAAGAGGACCUUUCGACAGUCCUGACCAUGAUGUCCCCAGCCUUCGUUCCGGGCACGGGUUCGCACGCUAACACUGGCCACCACGAAGAAUCCCUUGCGGAGAAGAAGCACAAGAGUAAUGGAGCCGGAAACGCAGCCGGAUCUGCAACUCAAAUCCCAGCACAGGCAGGGCAAGCCGCAGCCGCUGGCACUCCUGGUGUGGCCGCCGCAGCCCCUGGCACCCCAAUGAUGCUUCAGAAAGUCCCUGGCGCUCCGAACCUUGUAGCAGGGGGCAUUGCCGCGGCAAUUCCUGCUGCAGCCUUUCCCCAAGCAACAAUGGUGGCGGGGUCUAACGGCCUCCCUCAGGGAGUCCCAGUAGCUGCGCCAGCUGUACCUACUGCUCCUUCUGCCGCUGCAGGGGCACCAGCAGCAGCGGCUUCAGGCGCUCCGCCAGGUACCCCGUCAGCAGCAGCGGCUUCAGGCGCUCCGCCAGGUACCCCGCCAGCAGCAGCGGCUCCGGGCGCUCCGCCAGGUACUCCGCCUGCAACAGCAGCGACUUCAGGCGCUCCGCCAGGUACGCCGCCAGGUACUCCAGCAGAGGCUUUAGGUGCGGUGCCAGGUGCUCCGAUAGCGACUCCAGGGGCGGCCCCGACAACAGCUACACCACCUGCUGCAGCAGGGACCCCUGGGGUUGUGGCAGGAGGGCCUGGACUUGUCCCGGCGGUGGUGGCACCUGCAGCAGGUGUGGCGCCACUUGUCGCUGCAGCGCCUGGAACGGUUGCUGGUGUACCACCCACCGCGGUGGUGGUGCCGACGACAGCGGAGCAAGCCGCUGUUGCUGCAGAGGUUGCCCGGGAGCAGCUGGUGGCGGCAACGUUGGCGGCAGAAGGCCUCGCGCCAGGGGCCGGGGUGCCGCCUCCGCCGCCGCACGGGAGGGGGUGGAAGGCCUGGAGUCUUGGCUUGCUGGCGUUUGCGAUUGUCGUGGCAUUUUCUUGCUGCGGAGGUUGUGGGUAUGUUUUCAACAACAAGCUCACUCGCAGUUUGCGCAGAAUGAGGCGAAAGUACAAAGACGCGCUGGCGAGGCGAAGGCUGUCGGAGAUGGAGAAGCAGCGCGCAAAGAAGCAUGGGGAGAAGGUCAGCGAAGACUCGGGAGAAGAAAAAGGAGGCGAGGGGAAGAACCAUCGGCACAAAGACUCCAAGUCGUCAGACGAGAAAGGCGAUGGCAAGCGCCAGGCAAAGGCAGCGCUGAAGUUGAGGGGGAACCCUCCCGCUGCGAGUGACAAAAAUGCGGAGAAGAGAUAAUCAUGGGGAAACAAAGCUGGAAAGAAGAGAGGAACCACGGCAGUCGCGAGGCGGGAGAAAGCCACCCAGAGUCGGCAGCCCUAGGGGGAGAUGAGACUCAGCCAGACCGAGGGAUCGAAAAGGAUUCCCGUGAGCACAAGGCAUCAUCGAUUUAAAGGAUAGUAAAUAAGUCUCCAUUUUUGAGGUAAAAACAAACCAGUUCCCGACGCCUGCUGCCGCCGUGGGACCUAGGAUGCUCAAAAUGAUUCCAGUGGUGAGGUAUAUAUAAUCAAGUUCUCUACGCCUUGCGUACACUUAGAUAUCAAAAGGAUAGACCAGGUGGAAGAGCCAGCCACAAAAACGAGUGGGGUGUGAAGCAGAGAAAUCGCGUUGCAAGUUUUCAAUAGAAUCAGAAAGUACCGUUUUUCUCGCUUUUGCUGCGUAAGGAAAAACGGUGCGGAAGAGGUGAAUUGCACUCUGUAGAAUCACAGUGAACCCCCCCUUCAUGCCACUUUGAAUCUGGCAUCUUCUUUAGCAUUCUCUUUGUCUGGCGAAUUUACCCGGCGUUCUUUUUCCCGUCAUCUCCAACUGCUAGAGGUCUGGCUUGCAGGGCUGUCAAACUCUACGGGCUUUGGGGGAACGUAGGCUUCCCUUCAGCGCUGCUGUGUCCCUGGCACCACGGAGUGCGGGAAUGAGAAAGGAUGGAACACGACAGGGUAAAGGCUGUCGUGGUUGCAGGCGAUUUUGUGGAGCUGUUUGCUUCAGCCGUCCCCUUGGUUUGCCAAUGCGUCUUCAUUUUGUAUAAAAAAGUCCAGUAUGGCGUUGCCUCCUUUUUUUGCUUGUCAAAACACCGCGGUUUCGGUUGUCUGACCACGUGCGAGACUUUGUGUUUCAUCC